AUGAGCCUUAGACUUUGUGAACAGAAAGAUGAGUAGACGAUUUUGAGACCAAUGGGUAGCUUAGGAGAGGAAGACUUGGCUCAAAUGGUAAAGAUUUCAUUGAAUCAGAAACACCCACUUCUGUUUCACCCACUAAUUCAAAACCCCGUUCUCUCGAUCAUCAACCCAGUUUGCAGGAAAUUCUUAAACACACGAAUGAAGAGGCUAACAUACAAGAAAAGGUAUUAAUGUAUUUGAAAGAUAUGAGAAGUGCAGGGCAUCAGAAUCAGACGAAUAAUUUGAAGAAGUUGAUAGUGACGAAAUUGAGAAAUGAUGGCUUUGAAGCAUCUCUUUGCAAAACUUCAUGGCUCUGCACUUCAACCCAUUACAAAGUGUUCCGGUUUCCAGGUGCGUACGAGUAUAUUGAUGUAAUGGUGGUGGAAAAUGGUAGACACAAAAGGGUCAUAGUGGAUAUUGACUUCAGGCCUCAGUUUGAAUUAGCAAGGCCGACCGUACGGUACAAAGAGAUGAUAAGCAAUACUCCAUUGAUCUUCGUUGGUUCCGAAGAGAAGCUUAAACAGAUCAUCCCUUUACUUUGCUCGGCUGCCAAAACACUCAAAGAGAAUGGUCUCCAUGUUCCUCCGUGGAGAAAACAUGCUUACAUGCACUCCAAAUGGCUCUCCAAAAACUGCAAAAAAGUUUCAGCCUCUCCACAAGACAUUGAUUCGGUGAUGAGGGUGAUCAUCAUCUUCAUCACAUAACUGAAAAAA